UCGUUGGCUGUGCUGGAUGCUGGCACGGCGUUUAAUACAGUCCAUAUUUAACCUCUCGAAGAUUGGAGCAGCCAGCGCUCCGAUAUCUUGACUAAACACGCUUAGAACCUUUCGAAGACUGAUGUACUGAUGCUCGGGUAAAUCUCUUCCAGUAUAUGUUCCGAGCACAUCUGUAGUUCUCAGGGUAUCCGUAUUUAAACCCUGCUGUUCUCUCAGUCUGACCCAUCUCCAAGCAAUGGGGCUCUCUGUCCAAGAUGCUGUUUUUAUUGCUUUGGCCACUGAGAUGUUACUCUAUGGGAUGUACACAUGCCUCUUUGCGGGGUCCUCAUAUCUCUUAAUAUUCAAACGAAAGAAAACUAAAGUUAUCGUAUCUAUGAUAAUCUUGAACGUUAUCAUGUGGUCAGUCUCAACGGCCCACGUCGCCGUGAGCUUCGACGAGAAGUUUGUGGGAUUCCUCCGGAAGAAUGGAGCUCAGAACCCCUUGGUUUUCGAAAAUAAUGCCUCCCCGAGGAUAUUAGCGCAACUAUCACUCGAAUGCAUAAAUUUCAUGUUUGGAGAUGGAAUCAUUUUAUGGAGAGCGUGGGUACUCUGGAAAUGCGAUCGACGGAUACUUUGUAUGUCCGUGAUCCUGCUUCUAAUCACACUCGGAAUGGGCUGUGGUCUGGGCUAUACGUUGUCGCACCCUCCAGAGCCAUUUGCUGACAACGAAUCCCGAAACCCAGCUGCUGUUAUUUGGGGAGCAUGUGCUAUGAUUUCGACGCUAGUAACAAAUAUCUGUGCUACGUCCCUCAUCGCUUACCGUACCUGGACCCACCAUCGUUUAAUUCGCUCCUUGACAGGCGAGUCCCUCGCAGCUCAAUUUUGCAAGCAGAACAGUAUCUUGGCAUUUUUGAUCGAGUCGGGGAUGUUGUAUUGCUGCACUUGGUUCAUCGCAAUUUUUGCCUUUAUCUUUGCCAGUAGUGGGAUAUACAUCAUGUUGGGAUUGCUUGCCCAACUUACCGCCAUCUAUCCCACUCUCAUCAUCACACUCGUCUGUGUGAGGGCGACACUUGACGUGGCCAUCGAAACCUUUGAGCGAACACGGCUGUCCCAUGGAUUUGUCGCCGCCGGUGGUCCGACGCGUAGUCGGUCCAUUCCAAUGCGUACGACUUCGCUGCGGGUUGGAAUGGAGACCAGGACGUAUAUGUCCAGUGAUGAUGUCCAGUAUUUUCCCGUUAACGCUUCGGCGAUAAAGGACGAUAAAGAUCAGCGUGCUGGCAUAUUACCAGAUACUCCUGGUAUGAAAACACCCGAGACGAGCUCAACGGCAUCGUCUGUGAACGUUGGUCUCGAAGAACCAUACUCUGGAUCCAGCGCACAGGUAUGAGGUGUGAUUUAGAUGGGAGUAAGAAAGCCUCCGAUAUCAUUGUUAAACCAGAAGCUAUGUACAUAACGCAGAUCCAUGAUAUCCGUUCAGAAGUCGAAGAAAAAACUGUAGUUUUUGCAUCUGCAUCCUGCAGUAUAAAUCGUCGAAUCUUGACGGCUGUCUCGUUAGCUCCAGAUAAAAGAAAAUUGUACCGAGAUUCGUGACUCAGCCGACGCCAGUGUGCAAGCAGUUAGACGUGCCUUUGAGGUCGAGGGCAUAUGAAAGGUACGAGUUUCACUAUCACGCAUGAAUAUCAUAGUAAUGCUGCAUUUCAUCUCCGCCAGUUUGUGUUGUAGAUACAAAAAAUGGUUGUUAGAUUAAUAGGUC